AUGCAGGCCUCCAAACCCCCUCCGCGACCCAGAGCACCGAACUGGGAACCUCCCUCCUCUUUGGCUGUCUUUGUGCGCAAUCUGCAACUCCUACAGCUUGACCGCCGCCAGGACUGGCCCGCCAUCUCCGUGCGCUCUUUGUCCCCCGCGUCGCAUAACCAACGUCAACGUUUGAAGGCCAUUGAAUGGGCCUUAUACCACCUUGUUGCUCUGUGGGAUCCCGAAACUGCUCGCGAUAAACUCCGACCCUUCUUCCCACCCCUGGAACCGCUGCAGUCGGUCAACCUCCGCGCCGCCCUCUUUCGCGUUUUGUCCGACUUGAAAAAGAAUGGCGACCUGGGUAGAGAAACGAUUUUGCGAAAGUCUAUGCUGGACGACUGCAAAGGCGACAAAUUCGACGAAAUUCUGGCUGUCUUCUCCACCGCCGUUCUGCGCAAGACCCUCGCGACGUCCUCGGAUGACCGCCUGCGCAAUGUCGCUGUCGCCCUGGCCACGGCUCCUGGCUUGACCCGUCAGGAAUAUCAGAACAUUGUGCCGCUUAUUCUCGCCCAUCGCGUGUCCCUGAAAACUAUCGGAGACCGCCGCAACCGAGUCCAUGCCACCCACGAGAAGUUCGCCCAGCUGCUGGGUGAUAAGAAGGUGCAGCUGGACGAACGGUCAAAAGAGAACAAGACCCCUACACCCCCAGCCGAAGACUCUGAUCUAGAUGGCCUAACCCGUGAGGUCCAGGCCAACUGGCUAGGCAGCACGGAGUGGGCCACCACCCUCCUCGAAGGUGGUGCGCGCAGCAGCAGCGAUGCCUUUCUGGAGCUCCCGUUCUCUACCGCAUGGGCCAGAGCCAAUGAAUCUACCGUCGAGGACCUGACUGUCGGCUCCACGUCAGACCUCCUGGUCGACCUGGAGUCCCGCAUUGUGCGACAGCGUGCCCGUCUCCACCGAUGGCGGCAGUAUCGGAACUCCAUGCGCAAGCAUGAACGCGUGGAAUCGACAUCCUCAAACAGCAACGUGCCCCUGGUGUUCCGGGAUCAUCAACCCCUGACCGUCGCUAGUGUUUCGAAGGCCGUUCGUGAACCCGUCGAGCGGGUGUCCCUCAAAGCUGACGACCGCGCCCUGCUGUUCUCCAUGACAGAGGCCCUAGCCCGCAUCAAUGGCUCCUCACACACGGCUCGGACUGCCCUGCGCACCCCUGCGGUAGAUACGCCCCGUCGUGUUACCCCCGAACCAACAAGACUAGCAGGUUCUUCUGAACCCGAAAUUCCUCAGAUUCGCGAGGACCCUCCCCACGAUAUAAACAUUGACGGCGCUCCCAUGGACGACCUACCCCGUUCACCGAGCUCUGGAGGGCGCGACACCCCGGAACAAGAUAUCCACCAACCCCGUCGCAACCCAGCCGCUCUCGUCGAAAGAACCCGCAAAUCCAUGUCUCUCCUGCCGCCGCCCAACCCCAACCCGCGUCCACCGCGGGAGAGCCUCGGACCCCGUCGUCCUCGCGCCUCCUUCCCGGUGAACCAGUUCGAGACUCCGGAGAAACAGCACCCGCACGCAUAUGACAUCAGCCGUGCAUCGACACCGCGGGACGAGCUGUUCGAAGAAGAGGCCGAAUACUCCAGCGUCUUCAAGUCGCGACCGCGUGUAGCGCAUAGUCCCCUUGCGUCCCCGGCGGUCCAUGUCGAUCCCAUCGAGGACUUUGGUCUCGAUGCUGGAGCGGGGUCUCAUGACUUGGAAGACGAGAUGGUGGAUUCGCCACUUGCUAGACGACACAGGUAG